UCUUGUGAAAACCGUAGAGCUCGCAGACCACUGGCCGAUAAAGCAUCAAGAAUUCUGAUUGAGCCAUCCUCCUUUUCGAAGAGCGGCUUUGAUUUCUUAGGUUUUGGUUCUUCAGAACAUGUUUUACUUUCGAGGGUAGAACCAUUUGCUAACCGAGACCUAACAAACUCGCGAAGGACUGAUACAGUUAAGUCUCUGUUGAACUCUUGA